AUGCAAGAUUUCCUCAGGGGAAACUACACCUUUCUUACUGAGUUUAUUCUUCUAGGAUUCUCUAGUAAUACACAGAUAAAUGUUAUUCUUUUCAGUAUUUUCCUCUUCCUCUACCUCAUCACUCUUCUAGGCAAUGGGCUCAUUAUCACUCUGAUACGGAUUGACAGUCGUCUGCACACACCCAUGUACUUUUUCCUCAGUGUUCUUUCCAUUAUGGACAUGGGAUAUGUCACUACCACAGUACCUCAGAUGUUGGUACAUAUGAUUUGUCAGAAGAAGACCAUCUCCUAUAUUGGAUGUGUAACCCAGAUGUACAUCUUCCUGAUGCUGGGCAUCACUGAGUCUUGGCUAUUUGCAAUCAUGGCUUAUGACAGGUAUGUGGCCAUUUGCUAUCCUCUCAGGUAUAAGGUUAUUAUGAGCCCUUUGCUAUGUGGGUUAAUGGUGGCUUUCUGUGGAUUCUGGGGUAUCAGCUGUGCCCUGAUAUACACAGUCUCUGCUAUGAUUCUUCCCUAUUGUGGUCCUAAUGAGAUAAAUCACUUCUUCUGUGAAGUACCUGCUGUCUUGAAGUUGGCCUGUGCAGACACAUCCCUCAAUGACCGAGUGGACUUCAUCCUUGGCUUCAUCCUUCUGCUGGUCCCACUCUCCCUCAUCAUCAUUGUUUACAUCAAUAUCUUUGCUGCCAUCUUGAGGAUUCGUUCAGCCCAGGGGAGGCUUAAAGCCUUCUCCACUUGUGCCUCCCACAUCACUGUGGUCACUAUGUUCUCCAUACCAUGCAUGGUUAUGUACAUGAGACCUGGCUCUGAGGCCUCCCCAGAAGAGGACAAGAAGUUGGCUCUUUUCUAUAACGUGAUCUCUGCCUUUCUCAACCCCAUUAUCUAUAGCCUCAGGAACAAAGAUGUGAAGAGGGCUUUCCUCAAAGUGACAGGAUGGGGAAAAGUGCCAGAAUGA